AUGAAUGCAGAAGAAAAUUCCGCCAACGUGUGUCUAUUCAUGUUGGAGUACGGACCAGGAAGAAGCUUAGCGAUGCGGAUUCCUUCACAAAGUGCAUUCAGGACGCUGCAAGGGAAACGCAGAAGAAGUUUGCCUUUGCAUGAAACAAAAACCCAGAAGCAAGCUGCGUCGUCAACUGCAACACGCAGUAACGAAUGGACGUCAAGAGCGAUGGAGUUUGAGAAGGCGUGGGAGAACAGGGACCCGCGGAAAGCCUACGCUCUACUAAAACAGUAUAGCGGCAAAAUGAAAAGAUGUUCCCAUGUCCUCAACACUGCUAAUGGAGUAGCUGUCGGUGAAGCAACCCUUCCAAUUUGGAGGGAACACUUCAAAACCUUGCUGAACCGGCUAGCACCGUCAGCUCCUGAACUCGAACACGUUCAUAGACCGAUAUAUGCGGUUAACGAGGAGCCACCGACUGAGUCGGAGAUCCUGGUCUGUACUCAGAAAAUGAAGAAUGGAAAAUCUGGUGGAGACGACGGGAUUAGCGCAAAAAUGCUAAAAUAUCUUCCUCCGUCUGGGAUUCGUGAGAUGACAAAGAUCAUCCGUUCAAUAUGGAUAAACGAAAGGAUACCUGAUUCGUGGAGACACGCUAUCAUAAUUCCUCUCCACAAGAAGUUAUCAGCAAUGGACCCAAGGAAUUAUCGAGGAAUCUCUUUGCUGCGUGUUAUGUACAAGGUAUUAAAGCGCAUUAUCCUGGACCGACUCAUUAAACAUCGCGAAGAAACAACGCGCGACGAGCAAGCUGGCUUUCGUCCUGGCCGAUCUACGAUUGACCAGGUACUCAACGCGCUUCGCGCCGAUGGAGUACCAGGAAAGUUCGUUCGCAUGCUUGAUGACAUGAAUCAACGAACAACUGCUGCAGUUCGAACACCAGCCGGAUGUACAACACCGUUUGAAGUGGUAACUGGAGUAAGACAAGGGGCGGUGGUAGGACCCUUCCUGUUCAAAUUCGCCAUCGACGACAUUAUGCGAAGAACAGUCGACCAGUGUCCUGCCCACAUUGUCUUAGCACCACCAGGGUGCCUCUUGACUGACCUCGAAUACGCCGACUAUGUUGUUAUAUUCGCGAAAAGCAGUACGAAACUUCAGCAUGUUGUCAACCUUGUAUCGAAGCUGGCUGCAGCCUAUGGACUACGUCUACGCCCUGAUAAAUGCAAGCAGAUGUGGAUCUCUUCGAGACCUCGAACGGGAAUCGGGGUGGACGGACAACCGAUAGAACUCGUCGAUGAGCUCUGUUACUUGGGCUGUACGUUGAAGAACAACGGCAGCUACGAGAGAGAUGUUCAGCAAAGAUGCGUUAAGGCUACUUCUGCAUUUAACUCCUUAACGAAAUGCCUGUGGUCCACCCCCAUCAAAAACGAAGUCAAGCAGCGAGUCUACCUAUCCGCAAUUCGCCCCAUCAUAAUGUACGGAUCGGAGACUUGGGCAGCACCAUCAACAGUUAUGGAAAGGCUUGACUGCACGGUAGGAAAGUUGCUUAGACGGCUACUUGGCUACUUUUGGCCUAAGGUAUACCACAAUGAAGAUCUUUACGCAGAAAUUGAUGUGGUAUACCGGCGGAUGACACGUGGAAGACAUCAGCAUCUUGCACCACCAUCGAAAGUGGCUAGAGUAAAUCGUCUUUGCUUCUUUGGUCAUAUAUUAAGGGACCGACAGAUCGCCUUAUUCAACGAGUUCUGA